CCGGAUCAGACUUCUUUAGCUCGCCAUAGAAAGACACACACCGGCGAUCGACCGUUCCAGUGUUUGGAAUGUCAUAAAAACUUUCCCACUUCUACAGCGUUACGUCGUCACUUAACGCUACACAAUUCGCAAUCACGACCGCUUCCCUGCAUCUAUUGCGGUCGGCGGUUUAUGGACAAGACUAGUCUAGCGAAACACGAAGAAUCACACAUGCCUAAUGAACAGCGCAAGUAUACAUGUGACAUAUGUCAAAAGACCUUCCAUCAUGUAACUGACUUGAGUAUGCACAAGAAGUAUCACGAUCCUGAUAAGAAAUUCGAUUGCGAGGUCUGCGGUCGCGAGUUUAACAGAUUGAACAAUUUGCAAAGACACAUGAUGGUACAUCAACAACAACAAGGAGGAAACGAGGAAAUACUCUCCUGCGAUGUGUGUGGAAUCACAUAUAAAUUUAUGAGUUCGUUGACGAGACAUAUGGUAACUACUCAUAUGAAUCCCGAAAAAUUGAGACAGCAAGCGGAAGAGCAGAGAAGGAAGCGCGAGAAUAAUUACCGAAAGUAUUUAGAAAACCGAAAGAUGUACGAAACUCAGCACUCUACAUAUGGUACAAGACUCUCUUGCAUGCACUGAAUGCUGAUUUAAAAUAAAAUAGCACCGUUUAUAUACAAAUGUUUAAAGUGUGCCUUAACCAUAAACUGGUUUGUUUAUUUGCACAAUGUCUCAAGUGUUUUGAAGUACGCGUAUUUAAUAUCGAAUUCCAUAUCGUACCAAUAAUUGAUGGAUAUACAAGCAUGGGAUUGUGUUACAUGGUGGAACCAUAAAGAUGGUAAAUAUAGUACAUCUCCAGCUUUCAGCAUUAUCUUCAAAGUGUGUGCAUUACGAUAUUCUGGAUAUCUAAAAAUAUAUGUUUAGUUUUAGUCUUAUUCUCGUAAAUAA